CUAGCAUUCAGCAUAUUUCUACGUCAGUUCUUUAUCUUCGGCCUGUUAUUCACCUGCGCCCCUCGUUACCCCUUCCAUACCUUUUCUUCUGCCUCAACUCCAAUCCAACACAACUACUGCUAUCUACGGUACCAGCCAAAACUUCCGGAAGACGAAAACCAGUUUAUCUGCCACAAUGUCGCGCCAUCAAAUAGUCAAGAACCUCGACCUGGACGAUGAGCUGGACGAUUACGAUGGAGGCGAUGACUAUGGAUAUGACGGAGCAGGAGAAGGUAUGCUAUCAAUUGAAAAGAGUCAAUAUUCAAAGCUAACUCUCGUAGGCAUCAGCGAAGAAGAUCAAGGUCUCAACUCUCCAUUCUACCCCGCGAUACCCACACGCGUUACUCACACAUAAUCUUAUGGCAGAACAACUUCGACAGUGCACAAUAAUAGUCCGCGAAGCUUUACCACAAGGUGGGAAUAUCACCGACAAACAGAUCCAAGACUCAUUAUGGUAUUAUUACUACGAUAUUGAGAAGACGGUCACGUAUUUGGUCAAGACAUAUUUAGAGCCACCGAAGGAGAAGAAAACUCCAGGGGGAGGAAAGAAAACAAAAGGUGGGUCCUUUUUCACUCUGUCAUUCCAGCGGACUGGAACAUAGGCUUGUGGCAGAAAAUGGGUUAUUUCGUGGUGGGUAUGCUCUUUUGUUCUUAUACUUUGCGACAUCAGGUGGGUAGAGCCAAUUCUGACCAGCUUUAAGACAAUAUUGAAGGAAGCGAUGGAUCAAAACCAUGCUCAGGGACCUUUUCCUUCGUAAAAUUCUUUGAAGACUCUCCCUGGCUCAAGGUCCCUUCCGAACGGCAAACAAUAUUCAUCGCCCCUCUUUAUCCUCGUGGUGGACUGUUGGGGGGUUCUUCAGAUGGAGCACCAAAAAUGUCAAAAUUACAAGCUCUGGCAGCUGCAAGAAAGAAGAAGAAGGCAGAAGAGCAAAUGUCUCAAGGAAUUGCUGAUGUAGAAAAACCGAUGGCAAGCCUUCAAAUCAAUGAGCAAGUUAGCACGACAAAUCCUACCGUCGCAAGUACCUCGAAGAUCUCAGUUGGUAAACCAUUUUCCCGAGGAUUACCGUUGCGAAAACGAAAAGAUUCCAACGAGCAUGAGAAAGCACCCAAGGCUUCCCAACCAAAGAAAGAACAUCGCCUCAGCCAACCAGAGCUUCCACAGGAAAUACCUAUGGUAGACCAAGCUGAGCCAUCUGCUUUUGCCAAUACCAUGUUCAGUAGCCCAUCUCAAGUCACUCGACCGCGCCAGGAUAACCUGUUUACUCUUCAUCUUGCUUUGGAUACGACCUCUACAACAGCUAAUCCUUUUGCAGGACCUAGCCCAGAUGAUAUAGUCAUAGCGGCACAGUCGAAAGGUUCGACAAAAUCUGCACGACCGAAAAAUUAAAACUAAUAAAUUUGAGUAGCUGCUGGUAAGGGAGGUAAAGGUAAUCCUAAGACCAAUGGAGAGAAGCGAGCAGACCAGAUUGCCAGUGGUGUCGAGGCAUUGAAGCUUGAUAAUACUCCAAGAGCGAAAAGCAAGAACUUGGAUGUUCUUGCAGAGUUUGAAAAGGCAAAGACCAAAAAUGCUGCGAAUUUUGUCGUCAUUGGUAAGACAAUCUUUUUUUCCGAAGAUUCAUCAACGCUAACUUUUCAGGCCAUGUCGAUGCGGGGAAAAGCACAUUGAUGGGACGUUUACUUUAUGACCUGAAAGUUGUAGAUCAACGAACCAUAGAUAGAUAUCGUAAAGAAGCAGAGAAAAUGGGCAAAUCAUCGUUUGCCUUGGCGUGGGUUUUGGAUCAAGGAACUGAAGAAAGAGCUCGAGGUGUCACGAUCGAUAUUGCCACCAACAAAUUUGAGACGGAAAAGACUUCAUUCACAAUUCUUGAUGCGCCUGGGCAUCGAGACUUUAUUCCCAACAUGAUUGCCGGAGCAAGUCAAGCAGAUUUUGCUGUACUUGUGAUUGAUGCCAGUACUGGAUCGUUCGAAUCUGGUCUUAGAGGACAGACAAAAGAACAUGCCCUACUUGUCCGGAGUAUGGGUGUGCAGCGGCUAAUUGUUGCUGUCAACAAACUUGAUACAGUAUCCUGGUCUCAAGAUCGGUUUACUGAGAUUUCGACCCAAGUUUUGGCUUUUUUGACAGCAGCUGGAUUUCUGUCGAAAAACAUUACGUUCAUUCCAUGCUCGGGCCUCAAGGGAGAUAAUAUCGCACGACACUCUACAGAGCCUGAAGCAUCAUGGUAUUCUGGCCCAACUCUAGUUGAAGUCUUGGACGACUCGGAACCAGUCGCCCGAGCGCUGUCAAAACCACUACGAUUGACGAUUGGAGAUAUUUUUCGUGGUGGAGUACAGAAUCCCCUCUCGAUAUCAGGACGAAUCGAGUCUGGCUCAUUGCAGAUGGGAGAUGCUCUGCUCGCUCAACCAUCUUCAGAAAAGUGUUAUGUCAAAUCACUGGAAAUUGACGAGCCGGUAGAUUGGGCAGUAGCAGGACAGAACGUUACUGUGCAUCUAUCAGGAAUCGAAGAACAAUACUUGAAAAUCGGAGACGUUCUCUGUACUCCCGUGAAUCCAAUCCAAAACAUCAAGCAAUUCACAGCAAAGGUUUUGGCUUUCGAAUUCAUCACGCCUAUGCAAAUUGAUGUGCAUCGAGGCCGGCUUCAUACCGCGGGGAGGAUCAAGGAGAUUGUUGCGGUGCUGGAUAAACAUACUGGUGCGGUGUCUGGGAAGAAGAGGCCGAGGAUUGUGAAACCUGGGAUGAUUGCUAGGAUUGUGGUGGAGCUGGAUUUGUCGGUUCCGUUGGAGGCGCCUGGGAGAGUCGUGCUGAGGAGUGAUGGGCAGACUGUUGCUGCGGGGUUGUUGGAGUGA